AUGGGCAACGGCAUGGCUGCAGUGCUGGCGCCGACAUACACGGGCUAUGUCGCCACCACUCAAGAUGCGCUGAUCUUGUUCGAGGCAUGUCUGACUGGUAUCCUCCAUCAUGUUCCACGACGUCCCCACGACCGAGAGAGAAGUCAACUGGUGAAAAGCGGUAGCGUAUUCAUCUAUGAAGAAAAUGCAUCAGGCAUCAAGCGAUGGACCGACGGUGUCACCUGGAGUCCGAGCCGCAUCCUUGGCAACUUCCUUGUAUACCGCGAACUCGAUAAACCAUUUCCUCCAGGCGAGAAGAAACGUGCUAUGAAGAAAGGUGCUAGGAGGCCAACACCAUCGGGAAGACCUGGAGAGCCAUACCCGCGACCACAAGAAAGCAACGGGACUUCUUACCCAACCUCGACAUCGCCAGGAGGUGCCUCAUUUGGCGAGAGAAGCCAACAAUCGGAGCUCGAGCGGCAGUUGGUGGGGUCUUUGGUCGACUCAUAUGGUUUUAAAGAUUCAGGAUUGGUGAAGAAGACCAUGAGCGUGACGGUAUCAGGAGUGACGCACCAUUUGGUGUCGUAUUAUAGUGUUGAAGAUGUGAUGUCAAAUCGUCUGCAUACUCCCAUGCACCAAGAGAAUCUGAGGUACAUACGGCCACGCGCAGAGCUCACGACAAAGCAAAGCUUCCGUGCGCCCAUUGAUGACUUUGAACAUGGUACACUCGAGGACGGUGACCCGUCUACGGCGUUAUAUGCUUAUCGUUCCACAUUAGGGCGGCCCGCAAGCCCUGGAGCUAUGCCCAGUUACGCUGUUGGGGCGCCCGGGCUUUCAGGUCAUCCCCCACCGAACCCGUACUUAACAAAUGCUCCUGGUUCCGCUGACAUUUCUGCGAAACAAGAAGGGUAUCCAACAUAUCGGGCCUCUGCACCAUACCCCGCCGCCUACAACCCGAUGAACCCCCCACAGCCACAGCAACCACCCAGUACCGCUUCACUCUACCGAAACCCCUCAUUGCAACAGCGGAGUGUGGCACCGGACACAUCAGGCCCUGUCGACCCCAGUUCAACAACAGCCCCCGUCUACCCAAGAGGAAGCUUCAAUGUCCCCGGACCCUUGGACGCGAGCCAGUCGCAACAACUCGACCAGCAAAAUGUCGGACAACCUUCUUACAACCCCGCUGCCCGCCGAGAAUCGAACGCCAUGGGCCCCGCCAGCUCGUACUAUAAUGGAGACCGUCAACAGCAACAAUCACAGCAGCAGCAGGCACAACAGACGCAGGCACAGCAACAGCAAGCCCAACAGUCGCCGCAACACCAGCACCAGCAAUCAGCUCAACAAGCGUAUUUCCCCAGCGCGGGCCACCAGCCGGGGCAGGCUGCUUCAGCCUACCAACCGACGCCGCAGUCGUCACUAUCGUGGAACACGGCUGCAACAGGGUAG